AUGGAUCGGCUUGCUUGCUUGUUGGUCGGGUUCCUAAAAGUGGCGCUGGUGAGGUCGGUGGUCACAGAGGAGCCUGCCGCCGUUGUUUUUCCAAGGGAUCGGAGCCAACCUAACCCAAAAUGCCCAGCUAAUCCUGAGAUCCAUCCAGGAAAAAGAAAAUCACCCAAGAUCCCAUCGUCUCCAACCCACACGACCACGAACCCCUCCCCCAGCGCGCCGGCGGCCGACGCCUCCCCUUGCGCGCCGCCGCUCGGCCCCUCCCCUUCCGCGUCGGCUGCCGCCCCUCCCCUUGCGCGCAGCCUUCUGGCCCCUCCCCUUGCGUGUCGCCGACUGGCCCCUCCCCUCGUGCGCUGUCAACCGGCCCCUCCCUUGCGUGCCGCCGACCGACCCCUCCCCGACCGCACCGCCGACCGGCCCCGUCUACCCCAGCGCAACGCCGCCGCCCCCCACUCCCUGAGCGCCACCGCCGGCCCCCUCCCCCAGCGCGUCGCUGAGUGCCCCAUCUACCCCACUACCGCUGCCGCCUGUGCCAUUCCCUUGCCUUGGGACAGCACCCUGGACGGCGCAACUCCGGCUGCACCAUCGUGGUGGAGGCGUGGCGCCUUCUUCGAGAUGCUCCAUCAGCUUCUCCUCCUCCCGCAGCUCGACGAAUAGCUCGAUUUCACUAGUCUCAUGUUUUGCUGUCUAUCCCAUCCUCGGCGUCCACGAGCGUGGGCACCCGUAUCCGGUGGCGAGAUGAAGGCCACCCAUGAUCCCUGCUUCCCGUCAUCACCUCCACCUCAUGUGAGCUCACUACCGAGAACAAGCACGGCCACCUACAGUUCCUGGUGGUCGCCUUGGCCACCCUCGGCCACGAGCUCGUUCACCAUGGUUACUGGCAGCCGUCCAAGUGGAGCGGGGACAUCAGUCCAAGUAGAAUCACGGCCACCAUCUUCACCAAGCGCUGCACAACUGUCCAAGUCGAGCACAUACAACAGUCCAAGGUGAUGCAUGAUACCUGAUGGAUUCAACAUCGUUUUAUUAGUUUGAAUUCUGCAAGUCUCAAUUCUAUGGAAGCUUGCCGGCGAUGCAGCCAGCAUGCUUUCUGCAAUAGCGGCACCACAAACAGCAUUGGUAGCCAGCACAUGCACUACAUGCUCGACUGCUAGACACUACUGAUAACCCUCAAGUAUAGGGGAUCGCAACAUUUUUCGAGGGUAGAGUAUUCAACCCAAAUUUAUUGAUUCGACACAAGGGGAGCCAAAGAAUAUUCUCAAGUAUGAGCAGUUGAGUUGUCAAUUCAACACCACCUGAAAGACUUAAUAUCUACAGCAAAAUAUUUAGUAACAAAGUGGUAUGGAAG